UUAAAACCACAAUCUCUUAUCGAUGGGAGUCGAGUAGUAAAUUUUAACAUUUCGCAUCAUGGAAAUUGGGUAGUAUUUGUGGCGAGUGAAAACUGCCUAAUUGGAGUAGAUGUUGUAAAAGUCGAAAAAUUUGUAAAUCAAAGCAUUCAGCAAAUGUUCAGAACUUUCGAAAACCAGUUUUCGGAACAUGAAUUGUCUUCAAUGGCCACACCGCACGAAGAAUUUUAUCAAUUACAUAUGUUUUAUAGGUAUUGGUGUUUGAAAGAAAGCUACGUGAAGGCCGUUGGAGUUGGUUUGGCCCUAAAUUUGAAAUCAAUAGAAUUCCACUUGCCUGAUGAGGAAAAUAGACAUAUAAUAUCCAAUGGAUCAGAGAUUAUCAACACAAAAACCUCACUUUACAUAAACAACACACUUCAACGAGAGUGGAAAUUUGAGGAAUCAUAUCUUGACGAAUUGCACGCUGUCGGAAUUGCCUAUUGCGCAUCGAAUAAUUAUGAUUAUUUAGAUAUUGAGGUGGACAGGUUUGAUAAGAUUGAACCUGAGGUGUUGUUGGGAUACUCGAAAGAGUUGUAA